AAAUCAGUGCUAAGGAGGAGCAAGGGAGGGAGUGAAUUUGUGGAAGGCUGGACUGGGGCCGAUCGUACACAAAGACUCCAGAUCAAGCAAAGCUGAGGAAUACUAGUGAGAACGAUAAGGACAAGGCAGUGUGUGUGACAGGAGUGAGAGAAAUACGGAGAUUAAUAGAACAUGCUAAAGGGAUCAAAGUUAAAAAUACAGGAGUAGUUAGAGGUUUUAUAGAGAGAGAGGGACAAAGUAACUGAAAGAUUGCAGGGAAGGCAGGGAGAACACAGGAGAUAUGACAUGCCCAGCUACUGGAGGACGAUGUGUGGGGGCAGAAAAAAGAAGUAUCAAGCACAACCUGAAGUGGUGGAGCAAGAGGUGCAGAGGACAAGGAAUGAUGGGCUCCGAGCCUUCAAGAAAAUGGCCCUUUCGGAUGAUGAUGAUGUGAACACCUUGCUUCGUGGCUCCAUGUUAUGGAAGAUUAAGCAUGGAUGGCGCCAGCAGAGAUUAUACCGUCUGGAGUCUGAUGGCAUGACUAUCUGGUACCAAAGCCGAUCAAAACGGGCCCGCUCCAAACAGAUCAUUUCCAUCUUGCACAUAGAGUCAGUGCGGGAGGGACACCAGUCUGAGGGACUUCGAAAACAUGGUCGUCGAUUUCCUGAAAGAUGUUGCUUCAGCAUCUCCUUCACUGGGAGGAGGAAGAACUUGGACCUUGCCGCAGCAAAUGAACAGGAAGCAUCUAGCUGGGUGAAGGGACUGCAGAAGCUCAUGCAACACGUGGUGGCAAUGACCCAGAAAGAGAAACUAGUACACUGGAUCCGGGAUUAUCUGCACCAAGCGGACCGAGAUGGGGAUGAUAAAAUGUCUUUCCAAGAGGUGAAGGAUUUGUUGAAGAUGAUAAAUAUUGACAUGAAUGACAUGUAUGCCUACAACCUCUUUAAGAAAUGUGACAAAUCUAACACAGACACACUGGAGGAUUGUGAGAUUGAGGAAUUCUGCACUCAGCUUAUGCACCGACCAGAGCUUGAGGAGAUCUUUCACAUAUACUCAGGAGAGGACAGAGUGUUGUCUGCUGAGGAACUACAGGAAUUCCUGCAGCACCAGGGAGAAGAGGCCACUCUGGAGAGAGCACGGAAAAUCAUCCAGAAGUAUGAACUGAAUGAGACAGCCAGGCAGCAUGACCUGAUGAUGCAAGAGGGUUUCAUGAUGUACCUGCUGUCAGCAGAGGGAGAUAUUUUUAAUCAGGACCACAGAAAGGUGUAUCAGGACAUGACACAGCCCCUUUGCCAGUACUUCAUCUCCAGCUCCCAUAAUACUUACCUAACCAAUCACCAGCUAGUGGGGAACAGCAGCACAGAGUCCUACAUCAGGGCAUUCAUGGAUGGCUGCCGUUGUGUAGAACUGGAUUGCUGGGAGGGGCCAGGUGGAGAGCCAGUUAUUUACCAUGGACACACUUUGACCUCCAAAAUACUGUUUAAAGAUGUUAUCACCACUAUACGAGACUAUGCAUUCAAGAAUUCCCCAUAUCCUGUCAUCCUGUCCUUGGAGAAUCACUGUGGACUGGAGCAGCAGGUCACAAUGGCACAUCACUUACGUGACAUUCUAGGGGACUUGCUUGUGUCUGAGCCCCUGGACAACAUGGAGCCAACUGUCCUGCCGUCUCCUGAGGCUUUAAAGGGGAAAAUUCUGCUGAAAGGGAAGAAGGUGAACGAAGAAGAGGAAGAGGAAGGGAGAACUAGACUGGACACUGCACGGGAGCUCUCAGACCUAGUGGUAUAUUGCCAGACAGUGGAAUAUCGAGAACAACCGGGCAAAGUUUAUGAGAUGAGCUCAUUCAGUGAGGACAAAGUGCGUAGGGUCAUCAAAGAAACCGGAAAUACAUUGGUGCGCUAUAACAUCCGUCAGCUGAGUCGUAUAUACCCUGAUGGACUACGAGCUAAUUCAUCCAACUAUAGCCCCCAGGAGAUGUGGAAUGCAGGCUGCCAGCUUGUGGCUCUGAAUUUCCAGACCCCAGGAUACAAGAUGGAUCUUAAUCGAGGUCGCUUCCAGGAUAAUGGGCUCUGCGGAUAUGUCUUGAAGCCUGAAUUUCUGCGCAGAGAGGACAGUGAUUUUAACCCAGAGUUUCUCAGCAGUGAUAUGAAGAUUUUGAUUGUCAGGAUCAUUUCAGCCCAGCAACUUCCUAAACUAAAUAAAGAGAAGCCAAACUCCAUAGUUGAUCCAUUUGUACGUGUUGAAAUCCACGGAGUGGGGAAAAGGAGAGAGCAAGAGACAAAAUACAUAUUAAAUAAUGGAUUUAAUCCCUUCUGGGAUGAGGAGCUGAGGUUGGAAGUGUUUGUCCCACAGUUGGCGCUCGUUAGGUUUGUGGUGGAAGAUUAUGAUAAAGCAUCGAGUAAUGACUUUAUUGGACAAUAUACGCUACCCUUCCCUAGUCUCAAAGAAGGAUACCGUCAUGUUCACUUGCAGUCCAAGGAUGGAUCAUCCCUUUCCCCAGCCACACUGUUUGUGCAUCUGCACAUUAAGGACCCAUGAGAGAAGACUGUAAAUUACACACUCUCUCUAAUGCUGACCAACAGAACACAGAAUGACUUAUCAAACCUCCCUCAGGAGGUGUUCCAUUGAAACAGUAUAAACUAAUGAAUGGCAAAGUAUUGCCUGAUCAGUGUUACAGUUGGAGAACUACAUACACCCAGUGCCUUAUCUGUCUUCUGAUUUUGUAGGUGCUAAUGCUAAGUCUCAGAUCUAGCAUUUAUUCUUGUGAGGUGUAGUUAAGUUUCUUUGAAGUUUGAGGCAUAAUAUAAAAUUACAUUUAGCUCAAUAUAAAUGUACUAAAGAAUCUAGAUAGGGAAAUGGUUCAAUGAUAAAAACAACCUAAGAGGAACAA